GUAAUAUACUUAUUUAUUUACACAAAAAAUGAGAGAUAGAAAAAAGGUUAGAUAAGUAUACAAUUCACAUCAAUUAUAACAGAAUCUUUCUCAAAAUUUAUCGACUAAUAGAUAUUCUUACAUAAUUCAACAAAUAAAAAUGUACUAAUGAAUCGUUGAGAUAAGUUAAAUUCCGAGAUUCAAUGACUCAAUAAAUUAAUUUGAUUAUACCCAAAAAAGAACGGUAAGAUAACAAUGUACAUACAUACAUUGUGUACGUCAUAAAUUAAUAGCGAUAUUUGAAUUUCCAAGAAGGUGCUAAGCACUAAGUUCCACGAUCUUCUGAUUCGAUAUGUGUUACAAAUAUACCAUAAUCUGUAGAAAAUAAAAUGAAUACACAGCAUAUAGCGUGAGUACGCAUAGAGACUGGUCGUGCGUAAGAGAUACAUAAUUUGAAAAAAGACAAAGUUAGCGCGCGGUGAAGGGAACGCGCGAAUGGUUUUCUACAGGUAGUUUAAAAAUGGCGACUGACAGGUACGCGUUUCCUCGCGUGCACGGCGCCGCGACGAGAUCAAACGCGACGUGAUUUUCGUGAAAUUAAAAGCAAGAGGUUCGUCCACCCUCUUCGGUUCAAUUUCAUUUAGUGGAAUCGUCGCAUCAGAGAGACCGUAAAAAUUAUGUUACGUUUUGAUCAAUCAACACGGUGACUUUCUCUCUCUUCGCUACGUCGUGUACUCGCGAGAUUCAGCUCCACUUUUCAGUUCAUCUUGGCAAGAUACUAAAAUUUCCUACCUUCAUCUCGCCCGCUUUCCGAACCGAACGAAAAAAGAAACAAAAGACGAACGAAUGAACGAACGAACGAGUAAACUUCCGCAUUCCACUGGAUCGCGAACGAAUAAGUGAACGAGCAAGCGAUCACUUGCCGAUGUAAAUACAGCUGUGAAAAUUACAAAAAUAUAGCCAUGGAACAUUCAGAUUUAGUAGCAGAAAUGGUACAUGUAGAAAGGUUAACAACACAAGAGAGAUUGCAUUUGGCUCGUCACAGAAGACUCCAACAAUUAAAAGUAUGGCGUCAACGUGAAAAAGAAUGGCUACGACAUCAAACCAGACAUACAAGUAACAAACGUCACAUAUAUUUUAGUGACAGUGUAAUGCUAUUAGAAGCCGCAGCAAGAAAUGACAUUGAUGAAGCAUAUACUUUAGUGAGGCGACUCUUGAAAAAAGGAGUAAAUCCAGAUUCAACUAAUGAAGAUGGACUGACAGCUUUACAUCAGUGUUGUAUAGAUGACAAUGAAGAAAUGAUGAAAUUACUAAUCGAGUUUGGAGCAAAUGUUAAUGCAGAAGAUAGUGAAAAAUGGACACCAUUACAUGCUGCUGCUACCUGUGGCCACUUACACUUAGUUAAAAAUCUCAUUGCUAGAGGUGCCAAUUUAUUAGCUGUGAAUGCUGAUGGUAAUAUGCCUUAUGAUAUUUGUGAAGAUGAAAAAACAUUAGAUUGCAUUGAAGGAGAAAUGGCAAGACGAGGUGUUACUCAAGAAUUAAUAGAUGAAACUAGGGCUUCAAUAGAAGUUCAAAUGUUACGAGAUUUACAAAAUAUAGCUUCUAUAGGUGGUGAUCUAGAAUAUAAAGAUCAUCAAGGUGCUACACCUCUUCACAUUGCAGCUGCAAAUGGUUAUUUAAGGGUAGUUGAAUUUCUUCUAGACCAACAUGUUUCAACUGAUGUCGAAGAUAAUGACAAAUGGCAACCAGUUCAUGCAGCUGCUUGCUGGGGCCAUUUGGAAGUUCUUGAGUUACUAGUACAAAAUGGAGCUGAUCUAAAUGCAAAGAAUAAACACGAUGAAACGCCAGCUGAUAUCUGCGAAGAUCCGGAAAUUAGAGAAAGGAUAGUAGAACUUAAAACAGAACAAGAAAGUAAACGAUUGCGAGAAGCACAGGGAAGACGGGUACGUAGAUCUCAAAGUAUAAAUACACGUACUCAAAGCGUAAGAAGAACUUCGAUAAGGGAUAAAGUUUUGACUACAAAAAAAGAUGCUCAAGAAGAAGCUCGUCUUAGAUUACAAGCGCAACAGACAUACGUUGGCGGUUCGACUACGAAUGUUCCACAAUCGGAAAACGAAGCCAACGUACGAGAAAAUACAAGUAGCGAAACAGAUUCUAAUGUACCACCAACAGCUGCACGUAAAGCUCCUGAGGGGAAGGAUAAUGAAUCUUUCCUUCACGAGGACGUCGAUAAAGAAUCAGUGACAGGGCCCGACACGCCGAUCAGUAAUCAGCAGCCGAUCUACGCGUCAGACAGCGACACCAACGGCAAGAUCAACAUACACGUCUCGGUAGUUUUUGUCAAAUCAUUAUCGGAUUUGAAGAAACAAAGGGCACAAAAUCGGCAUAUAUCUGGUGGAUCGAUAGAUGCUAAUGGAAAUGGUAUUCCCGGGUCGCCUAUCUCCAAUUCUGAACUCAACACUGGCAGGGAUUUUCAGAGAUUCACCGGAAAUACGAGCGACAUUGUCGGUGAUAAUCAUUCUGAAAAAAGUUGCUGUACUGUCAUGUAAUUAUUUUUAAUUACUUUCUUCCUUACCACUACCUAGAUUGCGAAUUUUUAUGCAUUUUUGUAAAAUCUAAAAGUACAAAAAUGCACAGAAUGCAUAUAAUAUGCGAAAACAUAAAAUAUCCAAAGUAGAGUAUUUAUUAUAAUAUGUGAUAAAUGAAACAGAUUUCUAUUUAAAUUCAAUGUCUUUAAGUGUAUCUAUAAAAAUAUAAAAAUCCGCAGUCUACUCAUCACCUUCUUUAAAAAUCAUUUAAUUCCAUUUUAUUCUUGUUCCCCGCAACUUUAGUACCUUCGUCAACAUGUACUUAUAAAUCUAUGUAUCUCUUCCAUAGAAAACCGUAGAUAAUUGUACCAAACGAGAUUCUUUUAUUUAGAUAUGGUGCAAACUAACAUCUGUUUCGAUCUUGUAUUUUAAGUACCGUCUAAUAGUUUCUUAGACCUUGAUUAAUUUUAUAAGCUGUUCGCGUACGAUUUUGAAAGGAAAUCGCGUGGGGUCUUGAACAGAUGAUGCGCUUACAAAUUCGAGAUAACGGGAUCGUAUAGAUUUCUAAUCUGUAUUGUACUUAAGCGAAUAUUUAAAUAACUGCGAUACAAUUAACUAAAUUUAUAGUUAAGUUUCGAAUAUGUACAGAAUUUUAUUUAUUACAGCGUAAACAUAAUGUAUAUUUCAAACAAUAAUUAUUGAAUUGUAUAUUGCGCAAGAACUCAUUUUUGCGGCUACUAUGUAUGAUAUCGUAUAUCGUAGAUAUUUCUCGUGUUUUUUAUAAAAAUGCUAAUUAUAAAUAAUAUUUUUUAUAUUCAUUUAGAUAUACAUAUUUCUACGAAUACUUUUAUUUGUAAAUUUUGAUGUGUGCCGUUAUUCCGCAAUAGUAUAUAUCCUGUAUUUUUUCUUAGAAAUAUAUCUUGAAUUAUACGAUA